GCUGGUAGGAAAGUUUCUUGUAUUAUGGUUGUUGACUUUUUCACAAAAUAAGGGUGUUACCAGCGGGCUGCUAUCACACCCGUACAACUAGCCCUGUCAAAGUGAGUGUAACAAUUCUUGAAUCGACGUGCUUGCUCUGAUAGAAAAGCACGUCUCCCUACAACUAUCCUCCGAAUAUGUGUGUUUUGGAUGCUGGUACUGGUAAGAUGAAUUCUGAAACACUGCUUUUUUACUAGCCCCUUUCAGAAUUAUUUCGCUACUUGUGCAUGUGACAGGUUACACAGAUUACAACAUGCCGAAAUUAUGGUAUAUAUUGCACUGAUUGUCUUUGUUAAUUAUUUGCUGACUAGCCCCCUUGAAUUAUUUUUUGACUAGUCCUCUUGAAUUCUUUUGCUGACUAGUCCCCUUGAUUUCUUUUUCUGACUAGCCCCCUUGAAUUAUGCUGACUACAGACUUUGAGCCUUUUUUAAAUUUGACUGAAUUUAAAAUUCAAAAAAUUUCACUUUUGACCGCCCAUUAUUUCUGAUAUGUGGUGUUACAUUGGGUUUGCUGCGACACGCAUCACUCGUCCCCUAUUUUCAAUGGUUACGAUGCGAGUGAGUCGCUUCACCUUCUGCUAACUGUCAAAUACGAGACCCUUGGGUUUCCUUUUUGACUAUAUAACCCUCUUUUACUUAUUUUACCCCCUCUUUACUUUCUAUCUUCUCCAUUCACUUUCUCUUCUGAACUUUCUGCAAACCUCAUUCCUUGCGUAUUUUCUCCUGUUGCUUCGAUUGUGUUUCUGCCGUAGAUUAUUUAGAAAACUCUACUCCAUUUCUCGAUUGUCACCUGGGCUGCCCGAGUUGUUUGCGCCGUAUCUUGUUACGAAUCGCUUACUGCAUUCAAGGUAUUUCCUUAACCUUCUCUUGCUUUCUUCUCUCGUAUGUUUUACUAUUUUUUGGUAGUAUGUCGUGUAAAAUGGAUAAUGAAAACGUCCCGAGUGAUUAUGGGUUUGAUGAUAAUGCUCGGGGUUCCCCAAGAUCUAUUUGUAAUAAUUCUAUUGAAGUUGAUGUUUGAUAGGCUGUCGUACACCCGUCAAAAAUAAAAUCCUAACGAAACCUCCUAACAAUGUAGUAGGGUAAGCAGGGUCGAAUCCACAGAGAGAUGGCUAUUUAAAUCUAGCUUUCAAGGUAUGGCGAAACUAACAAUGUCACGAAAUUUAGGAUUGAAUGGUUAAAGUAAAAUAAAGGAAAAUAAACUAAAAGAUCUAGGGCAAUGGUUCACCAUGUUUAUAGUUCAAAAUCAAUCAAAACAUCAUCAACAAUUCAAGUAUUCAGAGUAUCUAGAGCACUAGUUAAUCCUACGGUCGGGUCUUAACGCUCUCAAUUCAACAUAUGCAGUACGGUCGCUAACAUAAUCAGAAUUGCUAGUUGUAGGUAAGCUUCUAAAAUUUGAUCUUUCGAUUCUAAAUCCUAUUAGCAUGAUUUAAUCAAACAAUUGAUCAGAUUGCAAAGAUUAACAAUAUAAACCUAAUCAACUAGAAAUAUCAAUGAAUAAUCAAACCAUCAACAAUAAUAAUAAGGAUUCAUAAUAUAAACAUGGAUUCCCAAACCCUAGAAAGCGAACUACUCAAUCAUGAAACAAACAAUGAAAACCAAAUCUAAGAAUGAAAACAUAAUUAAAAGCAAUAAAUAAAAUAAAGAGAAAAUUCGAUAAUACCUCAAAGAGUUACAUUAAUGGAGUUUGAAGAAAAUCUAGGGUUCAUGAAGGAGAAGAGAAAAAGAACGUGAAAGAGGAGUUCUAAGGGAAUUGAAAACGUAAAGGAAAAUAAAAAGCAUGAGGGAAAAAUAAUUCCCUUCAAGUAUUUAUAGUUUUCUAUUUUCUAAAAUAAAAAGUAAAUUUAAGAAAAUAAAGUAGAAGUCGUCAAUGAUUGGUCGAUGGCGUGAUGACGUGGCGAUGAAAAACCCGACGGCGAGAGAGACGUACGCAAUGUGGUAUUCGUCGACUUGGGCGCACUGUGGGCGCAGCCUUGCGCUGUGAGCAGGCCAGCAACCGCUUAGUGAAGCAUGAGUGAGAUGUGGGCGCAACGAUGUUGCUGUGGGCGCAGCACUUGGGCUGUGGGCGCAUCGAAGAAGAAAAUGUGCGCUGUGGGCGCAGCACAUCGCUGUGAGCAGGUCAGGCGCUUGGAAAUGCUAGCGAGGGAGUGAUGUGGGCGCAGCGCGCUCAGGUACCUCGCAGCUAGGGGGAUGUGGGCGCAUCGUUGUGAGAUGAGGGCGCAGCGUUGUGGGCUGUGGGCGCAUCUCACAUUCGUGUCACCUUUGUUUAUGUCAUAACUCUCGUUCUACAAUGCCCCUAGGGACGUGUGACCUAUCGUUGGAAAGCUCUUUAAGUCUACUUUCUAGCCCAAUCAAAAUCGUCUCAUUUCGAUAUGUAGAACUUGAGAUAUCAUCAAAAGAGUGAACGCUUGUCCGAUUUGAUGCUUAGAAAAAUAACGUUUAGCUUCAUUGUUGACUCAAGAUUAUUUCUAGAGACAUGUAGUGAUCCUCAAGUCAACAUCCCAUCCGUUCAUCAUCCAAAUCAACUAUGAACACUCCGAAAGCAUCCAAAUGAUCAUAAAAUCACCUGAAAUAUUAAAGAAAACACAAACGGGGCGUAAUAGAGUACAAUAACGACAACUUAUGCAAAUGUGACUCUAAAUGCAACUAAAAUGAGACGAAUGCCUAGAAAUGCAACCUAAAAGCGCCUAAAAUACCCUAUACAAAUAAGAUUCAUCAAUGUUGACGGUACUGAAGGGCCGACCACCUCUGGGAAUAUAGAGUCGCCUCCUCACAACGCUGCUGAUGACUGAUGAGUUGCGGUCCCGCAGUCUCCAUCAGGAUGUUGUUAGGAGUUCGCAUUUAGAAAACGUUGUCGGUAACAGUCAUGCGACUGGUGAAAAUAUAGAGGAUUCCGGUGCAGAAGAAAAUAUAGAGGAGGGUGAGGGGUCCGGUGACUCAAUUUUAGAGUAUGGUGAGGAUGAGCUGGAAGAAUUGUGGUAUGACGGGGAAGAUGUUGCUGCUAUCUGUGAGCAAGUUAUGAGGGAGGGUGCGUUGGAUGUAGAGCCUGACUUCGAGGAUGAUGAUGAAGAACAUAAAAUUCCUUGUCCUUCUGAUGCGACUAGUGAGAUUGCGACUACCAAGAUCCUAACAGUCUGCCGGAACAAGGUUGUUAAGGAUGAUCAUCCCCGCUGGGUGAAGGAGUAUCUCACACUUCCUGGCGGAUACCGAUUGGUGGUUCCCGGUGAUGGUAGUGUGAUUGGUGAUUGCCCCAAUGACCAUACUGCUGUUUAUGUCCACCAUUAUGAUUACGGCCUCCUAUUCCCUUUACACCCCUAUUUGGCAAAGAUUUUGAGAGCCUGUAACUUUUGUCUUGCUCAGAUCAUCCCUCCUUCUAGCGCCCAUUGUUCCAGUAUGGAUUAUGAAUUGUUGGAUCGAGAGGUCCUGCUGCUUGCCUUAACUACUUCCUGUUGAUUGUAUUAUGCACAGAUAACACUGGUAAGCUACUAUCGGGGGUAGUUCGAGGAUUCCCCCUUCGAUGCUUAAGUCAGAGAUUAUAGAGAGUAUAAGAUUAUGGUUGGGUGAAAUGAUUGGGAUUACGUACCUUUUAUAAUAAAUGAGGUCCAUAUAUAUAGGCACCGGUCGGAUGUACGAACAAUAUGGGUCAUACCCAUAAGAUAGCGACCCGUUGACUUCCCCUUUAUGGAUGACUUGUUGCCACCGAUCUCAUCCCAGUGCUGGUAAGGGGAUGUUGAUCAGUUAAUAGGAAAGUUGCUCGUAUUAUGAUUGUUAACCAUUUCACAAAAUAAGGGUGUUGCCAACGGGCUGAUAUCACACCCAUACAGUUACCAUAGCCAUUAUGAUGUUACUUUUCUUCUUAUAUUACACUUUAGAUUAUUUUCAUUACUGUCAUUUAUUACCGAUUACCAAAAUGAUCCGUUAAUUAUUUAGCUCAAAUGCUCGACUAAUCAAAUUGCACCCAUGAAACCAUGACUAUGACCAUCGGUCAUCAUCUCUCAAAGAAGCUCGUUUUUUUUAAAAGAAUCUGUAUGAAGUUCAUUGAACAAUUUGCUAAAAACACAUUUAAUACUAGUGUAUUCAAAGUCAAUUUCAAUUUGAACACAAAAGGAAGCAUUUCUGCCAAAUAGUAGGACCAACCCCCACACCGGCCGAUCCUUGGUGAAGUAACAAGUACUCAAAAACUGCCCAAAGACUGAAAAGGGAAUCCAACAAAAGAUCACACAGCACAAACCUGGGAGUUGGGGCCAUCAUCUUACAUCUUAAUUAAUUAAUUAUUAAAAUUAAUAAUUGAUUAAUCUAUUUCUAAGUAAUGGUGGCUUUAGUGUUUUCGCAAUAAUUUAGGGGAGAGAAUUGAGAUACUCCGUAUUUUAUUUCUUUAAUAUCUAGUACUUAUUAAAAUCUUAAAUAUUUUUUUGAUAAACAAAUUAAUUCAUUGAUAAAAAGUCAUACGACAUCUACAUAAAGAUUUAAAUCUAACAAAUACAUAACAAUCGAAAAAAUAAAAACUUUCUUUCACCAUAGCUACGACCGUAGUAUAUCAAACAUUUUGUAUUCCCUCUUUUACCCUGCUGUGAUUUACAGCCUUCAUUGGCGAGGGGGUCUAUAAAUCUGUUGUAGCCGUGACAAAUAUGAUUACCGUUUGAUUCGUCUGAUUGUAGUCGAAAGAUUGACAUACUCUUCGAUCCCGCAUAAAUCUUUACCAAAGAAACAACCUGAACUAAACUAAACACGCAAAACUUAACUAAAAACAAACCCACCAUAGGGGUACUUCAUUCGGACUUCAUUCGAAAAUCUUUAAUUAAGGGACUUCAUUCGGAAAUAUUGUUACUCCUGGAUUUCUGGUGGAAAUACUCUAACUUUUUAUUUUUCUAUACAUAUCUUUAAACUUAUCAUGAAUUUGUGCUUUAAAAUGCAGAAUAAUAAUUAUUUUGGCUGUAAUAUAUAAUGUCUCUCUAAAGCUGUAAUUUACUGACUUAUUUUAUUUUUGUAUAUGCAAUAUGACUUAUUAAUUUAUUAUUAACGACCUUUCUGUUUCGUCCAAAAAAAUAAUAUAAACAUUAAUACGGAGUAGUAACUUACAUUGAUAUUUGAUAUUGUAUAAGUCAUAGAUAACGUUAGCUAAAACGACACUUAUUUAGAAAUGACUCCAGGGAGUAUU